AUGCUUGGAAGAGGGUGUGUACUUAGCACGUAUGUAGGGAAGGAGUUUCAGUCGGGGGGAUCUAAGUUCGUUACAAUUAAGAGACCAUGCAGGUUGUUCCUCUGCGGUAAUAGUGGAACGCACUACUAUACGUGUAAGGGGGCUGACAGCCAUACGGAGAGGAGGGACACAACGAACAGAAGUGCCCAACUAGGGUUAGUACACUUUUACAGAAAGUACUUAUCGCUAGAUGGUGGGGGAAGGAAGCACAAUGGCACCUCCAAAAUGGUAAAUGUGAUGAGAGUGCACACAGCUAAAAUGGUAAAAAUUAAGAAGGCAGGCAGGGUGGAGCAAGACACUGUCUCUGUGACAGAGUCAAUCCAUGUCGAAUUUAGCCCAGUGAAAGAGACCAGCGAAGGUUUAAUUGCCCUUACGGGUGAAAGAGAAAAAUGCAAAAGGUAUGAAUUCGCCAGGACGGAGGAUAUCCCCAUCUGCGGAGCUGCCAGCGCUGGGGAAUUCAUAAAAAGAGGGGAACAACUCCAGGAGACAAACAAUGGUCAUACCAAUCAGAAGGGAAGUACCCACCUGGGGAUCUACCCUCACUUCAGUAGUUAUCUCGAAUUGUCAAAGUUUAAAUUAACUUUGUGGGUAACCAUGAGUAGCACGUUUGGCUAUUUCAUGCUAGGGGGGUCGAACUUAACCCAACUUGGCUCCCUAAUAAUAGGUGUAUAUCUUUGCAGCUCUAGCGCCAAUACGUUUAACCAGAUUAUCGAAAGGGACAUAGACAAAAUAAUGCAGAGAACUAAACGAAGACCACUGGUAUGUAAUAAUAACCAACUAUCCUUGAGGAAUGCAAAAAUGUUUGGUACUUUCACAGCCAUCACAGGAUCGGCAAUCUUAUACCAUUUAAAUAACCCCAUAACAGCUCUACUUGGCAUAUUUAACAUAUUGCUCUACGCAUGUGUGUAUACUCCCUUAAAGAGGAGAACACCAUACAACACGCACGUAGGGUCAAUCGUGGGUUCGAUUCCGACUCUAAUGGGUUGCACAGCAGUGUCGCAAAACUUACUUGUCCCUGAACCUUGGAUCUUAUUCAUUACACAGCUCUUGUGGCAAUUUCCCCAUUUCUACUCGAUAGCCUACUUAUAUAAAGACGAUUAUUUAAAAGGGAAAUAUAAAAUGUUUCCCCUGCAGGAUAACCAGAAUGGAUUAUAUACAGCCAAGUUGUGUAGUCCCUACUUAAUUCUUUUAUCAUCAUUACCUUUUUUGUUUUUUUUUUGUGGGUACACUUCCUACAUGUACAUUUUAACCUCCCUACUGCCGAAUCUUUACAUAUUUUAUAAGUUCCAGGCCAUUUUUCGAAAUCCUUCCAAGGGGAACAUUCGCUCAUUUUUUAAGCACUCCCUUUGGCACAUCAUUAUUCUGCUAGCCCUGACUUCCUACCACACGCAGAUCCCAGAUAAUAGCAAAAGGAGCGGGGAAGCGGGUGCAGAGCAGAUUGAAUGUGACAUUCCCAGAAGUGAAGGCAAACCAGAGGAGCUUACAGACACCCCCGAAUACGCAAUUACCAAAUUUAAGAAGCGGCUUCUUAAAUUCUGCAUAGUUUUUUCAUAA